AUGGCAACCAGACUGGAAACACCCACUUCAGACCCCGAAUGGGCUGCGUUGAUCGCCACCGUCAAUGACGACCUUCCUGAGACUCGCACUGUAUACCAGACGCCGCUCCCACACACAGUGUCUCGCACUAUCGAUCACACACAGCUCGCUCUUGACGCGACAGAGUCCCAAAUCGACACGCUCUGCGCCGAAGCCCGCCAACACAAGUUCGCAACCGUAUGUGUUCGACUACCCUUUGUCGCCCGCGCAGCACAGAACCUGAAGGAGGUCCAAGAUGAAGUCGGUAUAGCCUGCGUGGUUGGCUUCCACGAGGGAACACAGUCUACAAACAAAAAGGUCGAGGAAGCCACGGCCGCCGUCGCAGCUGGUGCCACGGAGCUCGACAUGGUUCUCAACUGGCCGCUUCUAAAGCAAGGCAAAUACCACGCUGUGUAUGCCGACAUUCAUGCCGUCCGCCGUGGCGCUCCGCCCCCCAAGACAAAACUCAAGGUCAUCCUAGAGACAUCCCAGCUGUCGCGCGAGGAGAUCAUCGCGGGAUGUGUGGUUAGUGACAUGGCUGGUGCAGAUUUUGUUAAGACGUCUACGGGGUUCAACGGCGCUGGAGCAAAUAUCGAAAACGUGAGAUUGAUGAGAGAGGUGGUGGAUAUGCUGGCCAAUGGCUGCCAGGUGAAAGCUUCGGGGGGUGUGCGCUCUGCAGAAAAUGCUGUCGAGAUGCUGAAAGCUGGGGCAUCGCGUAUUGGGGCCAGUGCUGGGGUUGCAAUCGUGAAGGAAUUGGCAGGCGGUACCAAGUCGGUGCCAGUCAGGGGCGCUGCAGGAGGUUAUUAA